CUUCCUAUUAUGAGGUCAAAAGUCACCCACAAACUCUUACGAACCGAAUGUGAUCCUGUGAUUUUUGACGCUCUGUUUCCCACUUUCCUGGUGGGUUGUGUGAGUUUGACCAUGUUUAGAGCAACAAGCUGGUCUUUAAGCGUAUACAGAAGUUUGAAACAGUUGAUAUAGGCCUUACAUAUCGGCCUGGUGGAGCAUAAAGCUGCUGAGUUGGGGAGGGGGGCGUGUUAUGAAAUAAUUUUUGGCAAGGACUAGUUGGAGUCGAUGAAAUCACGUUGUUAUCUCCUUGACCGGACGACUCAAUGCUAACCGAUUGCGACCAUGUGGCUGUGUGUCAGCAGAUGCCCAUUGCUAGUACAGCUCCACCUCAGUAGGCAGCAGGUGGCAUACCGCAGUUUUCUCGUCGCCUCCCAACACCUCCAGGGAAACCGGCUCCACAUUCGCAGCCUCAACUGCCAUGUCUGGAACUCCGGUGUGAGAUGGUGGUGUUCCACAGCCUGGAGUGCUGAAAUCACGUCCAGAAACGUUUUACUGUGUUCGGUUGGACAGCGUAAACACUUGAGACAGCACAGACUUCCAGCGAGAACGCUUGUGUCAUCCGGACAGCAGCUGCCUUCGCUGCCGUCCACCGAGGAACUGUUGAAGAAACACGGAUGCCUCAGGAGGGCGUUCAAGUCCAGGAUCAAGAACAAGUACAUCCUAGACCAGGCACUAGCAGCUGUUGUAGUUGACCACCUGGGGGAUCUGUCAGAGAACAAGCAGUGGAUAUUUGAGCUCAACCCAGGACCAGGUGUUGUGACAAGAGAGUUGCUGGCGGCAGGAGCCAGCAGGAUUCUCAUCCUGGAGAAUGACAGGGUGUUUCUGCCAUACAGUAUGGCUCUAGCUAAGCAUGUAGGGGAGAGAGUACACGUGAAGUAUGCAGACUUCUUCAGGAUCGACCCCAUGGGAGAUGGGAUAGUCAAACAGCCGGCCAUCUCAUCUGUAGAACUGUUCAACAACGUCCAACCUGCGCACUGGAGGGAGGAAGUGAUAGUGCGAGUGGUAGGGAUGUUGUCUCAGGAGAAGGAGAAGACCCACCUCAGACACCUGUGCUACAGGGUGCUGGAGAGAUCCUCACUGUUCGAGUACGGACGCAUGGAGCUCAACCUCUUCAUCACGGAAAAAGUGUAUAAUAUGAUCACAGCCCCAGCAGGCGUGGACCUUGUUGCUUAUGAGAGCACUGCUAUCCUCUGUCAAGUCUGCUUUGACAUCCAGCUUCUUCUUAAGGAACCCAAUUCUAGAUUUUUGCCAGUGCAAGUCAAGGGACAGACAAAUUAUAAACACAAGGCUAAUGCAGACAGGUUUGUGAAUGACCACAUGUGUCUGGUGAGACUGACCCCAAAGGAUGGCCUGUUUGACCAUGGACUGACCCCGCAGAACGGCAGCCAGUUCAUCUUCCUGGUCAGACAGCUCAUGGCCAAGCCCAGGGCCAAGCUGGCAGACAGGAUGGAAAUCUGGGUGCCUGGCAGCCUGGACAUCCUGUCCGACCUAGGCCUGAGACCAGACAUGCGUGCGGGCGACCUCUCCCCCCCACAGUUCAUGAAGCUGUUCCUCCUGCUGCUGCAGAACGGGAGCUUCCACAACACGUGGUGGGAGGAGGAGGCUUACGAACAAAUCCACUCCAUUAACAACAGGACUGCAGCAUGACAGGAUGACUGUGAAAAACUUCUCCUUCAAAGUACAAGACUCAGCCAACAUGAAGAGGACACAGUGUCAAGAUCCUGGUGGUUACAGAAAUCUCGCAUUCAUCAUUAUAUUGGCUCACAGUGCAUGUUUUCUACAAAUUAUACUCUCUAGCCGAUUUCUACAUGACAUUGUACAUGUACUAAACUGUGACUGUAAUUCCUUUGACCAAUUUCUAUCUACUACUGUAGUUUCUGAUUUUAUUCUUGGUACUUUUAUGUUCACACUUUUCAUGAUCACCGUACCGUGAAUUUGUCAUUACCGUUAUCAAAUUAUUUGUCUUUCAUCCACUCCCUACAAAUCUUGCCACCACCAUGAAGAUUAAGUUCCGAAAACAUGUCCAUUUUCCCCAGACUGUGUAAUUUUGCUACCGUGAAGACAAAGUCAAUUACAUAGCAUGAAAGUUCAUCUGUGUUGGUAUACCGUACCGGUAAUUCAUUAUGACAAAAAAGGCUAAACGUUCAGGCCAACACAGAGUAAAUUGGGACUUACCCAAAUUUUUGGCCGACUCUGUCUGCAUGGUUUAUGGAUGGACCCUUCUACCAUGUCUACUGCAGCUUCCGUCACUGCAGUGACGUCAGAAACACUUGAUUGCAGCAGGAAAAUUUGGGUAAGUCCCAAUUUACUCAGUGUUUGCCUGAAUGUUUAGCCUUUUUUGACAAAGUCAAUUACAGUAUUUUUUAUCAA